CAGGCCUGGGUUGCCAUGGAUACCGUGUCCCUGGAGCAUCAGAUCCAGAGCGUGCAACGCCACAUCAGCUUCCUGAAAAAAGAACAGAUGGCCCUGCUGCGAGACCUGCACCUGGAAAUCCUGAGGCUGCAGAAACGCUGCUCAGAACUGACCCAUGACCUGGAAAUGAAAGAGGCCCAGUCUCACCAACAAGAGUUGGCGUCCCGGGAGCUGGAGAGCAAGUGCCGCGAGCUGGAGUCACAGCUGGCGGCGCGGGUGGCGGCCAACGCGGAGCUGCGGCGGGAAGUGGCGCAGCGCGAGGCGCUGGUGUCGGCGCUGCGCUGCAGCCUGCGCACCGAGGAGCGCCGCUUCCUGGAGGAGCUGCGUCGCCGCAGCCACCGAGCCACCGUGCUGGGCACUGAGCUGCAGAAGCACACCGAGGCGGCCGCCUACCUCUCCUACCAGCUGCACGCGGCGCGCCAGAAACUGCAGACUCCGCGCCCAGGCCCCGGCGCCGCCGCCGCCGCCCCCGAGCCCCGGAUCCGCCGGCGCGCACAGCGGGCCCGCCGCCCGCCCGCAGCCGAGGCCGCCGCCAAGGGCCCCGGCCGGGACUGGGCCGCCCGGGAGCGCUCGGCCGGCGCCCCGGACGACGCCGAUGCCAUGCCAGACCCCGCGCUCUUCCUCUACGCCCGGAGGCCCCCGCGGCCCAGUGGCCGCAGCCCGCGCCAGCCGCCUCCCCAGGAGCCCCCUGACCAAGCCACCCCGCCGGCCGCGCCCAGCCCGCCCAGUGCACCGGCGGACCCGGAGUAA